UGGGCCGGCGGCGGGACCCGGUCCGCUGGCUGGUGCUGCGGGCUGCGGGCCAUGGUGGGUCAGACUGAGAUUGGCCCGGCCCGGGUCCCGAGCUGGAGCCGGGGGCACUGAGCGGCGGGCAGGGCGGCUGGACUGAAUUUGGCUGAGUGAGAAGCUGGCAGGAGGCAGAAAGGAUGAGAGCUGCAAAUACUUUGGUGUUGUCCCAUUGGCAAGAGUGCCCUUGCUGGCUCCUGUAGAGCUGACCAGCCUUUCCAGUUUUGUGUCUGUCCAGGUCAUUCAUUCAACAACAGGAGCCAUGCGGGGCCAGCGGAGUCUGUUGUUGGGCCCAGCCCGCCUCUGUCUGCGUCUCCUUCUGCUCCUGGGUUACAGGCGUCGCUGCCCACCUCUGCUCCGGGGCCUGGUACAGCGCUGGCGUUAUGGCAAGGUUUGCCUGCGCUCCCUGCUCUACAAUUCCUUUGGAGGCAGUGAUACUGCUGUUGAUGCUGCCUUUGAGCCUAUCUACUGGCUGGUGGACAAUGUGAUCCGCUGGUUCGGAGUGGUGUUUGUGGUGCUGGUGAUCGUGCUGACUGGGUCCAUUGUGGCCAUUGCUUAUCUGUGUGUCCUGCCCCUCAUCCUUCGAACCUACUCAGUCCCACGACUCUGCUGGCAUUUCUUCUAUAGUCACUGGAAUCUGAUCCUCAUCGUCUUCCAUUACUACCAGGCCAUCACCACUCCUCCUGGAUACCCACCCCAGGGCAGGAAUGACAUUGCUACCGUCUCCAUCUGUAAGAAGUGCAUUUACCCCAAACCAGCCCGAACACACCACUGCAGCAUCUGUAAUAGGUGUGUGCUGAAGAUGGAUCAUCACUGCCCCUGGCUAAACAAUUGUGUGGGCCACUAUAACCAUCGCUACUUCUUCUCUUUCUGCUUUUUCAUGACUCUGGGCUGUGUCUACUGUAGCUACGGAAGUUGGGACCUUUUCCGGGAGGCUUAUGCUGCCAUCGAGAAAAUGAAACAGCUUGACAAGAACAAACUACAGGCAGUUGCCAACCAGACUUACCAGCAGACUCCACCACCUACCUUCUCCUUUCGAGAAAGAAUAACUCACAAGAGUCUUGUCUACCUCUGGUUCCUGUGCAGUUCUGUGGCACUGGCUCUUGGUGCCCUAACCAUAUGGCACGCUGUUCUCAUCAGUCGGGGUGAGACUAGCAUCGAAAGGCAUAUCAACAAGAAGGAGAGACGUCGGUUACAGGCCAAGGGCAGAGUAUUUAGGAAUCCUUACAACUACGGCUGCUUGGACAACUGGAAGGUGUUCCUAGGUGUGGAUACAGGAAGGAUAGCCUUUCUGUGUAGCCUUGGCUGUCUUGGAACUCAAGAGAUCCGCCAUCUCUUGUACCACCACCUCCCAGCAACCCCCAGAGGAUAUGUUCUCAGACAGAUUCAGAUGGAGAUUAGAACUCCCAUUGCUGUAGGAUGGUCUGUAUGUCAAGUGUGUUGCUGAUUGGUCAGUAAAUAAAUCACUGAUUGGCCAGUGGCCAGGCAGAAGUAUAGGUGGGACAAGGAGGAGAAUAAAGCUGGGAAGUGGAAGGCUGAGUCAGAGAGACACUGCCAGCCACCAGGAUGACAAAGAGCAUGUGAAGAUGCUGGUAAGCCUCGAGCCACGUGGCAAGGUAUAGAUUUAUAGAAAUGGAUUAAUUUAAGCUGUAAGAACAGUUAGCAAGAAGCCUGCCACGGCCAUACAGUUUGUAAGCAAUAUAAGUCUCUGUGUUUACUUGGUUGGGUCUGAGUGGCUGUGGGACUGGCAGGUGAGAGAGAUUUGUCCUGACUGUGGGCCAGGCAGGAAAACUCCAGCUACAUCCCAUCUUUGUGUUUGAUGUGUGCUUGCACAGGAAGAACAACUAAGAACUCAGUACUAAAGAGACAUUUUCUUGGUCAUUUCUCACAGGCAUUGGCUGACCCGGGUGCUGUUACCUUCUAGUCACUUACCCCACGGGAAUGGAAUGAGCUGGGACCCUCCUCCCUGGGUGACCGCUCACUCAGCCUCUGUGAUGGCCGUGUGAGCC